GGCUGAUCAUCGCUGAGUGCUGAGGCUUCUUGCGUAAUCCUCCUCAUUCUGAGCAUCAGGUCUAGAAGGCGGUGCCUGUUCAACAUAGGUGGGCCUGUAUAGAAACCUCGUAGCUAAUUCCUGCCUCGAAACUUGCCUCAUCGAAAGAAGCAAAAGAUACAAGGUCAAAAGGCCAUUAUCAGCCAGCGAUGCAUUCACAGACCACAAAGGACGAGCAGUCCAAAGAUGACUCUUCAAACGAGAAGCAAGACGCUAUUGAACGCAGGAGACUUCAAAAUCGGCUAUCCCAGAGAAAUCAUCGCCGCAAGAUCCGGGACAGGAUCGCCAAACUGCAAGAACGUGUUAUCGCUAGCGAGCUCAGAGCCGUUGCAACUUUGAAUGGAUGGGACCAAGCGAGUCCUUCAGCUGCGUCGAUGAUGGAAUCCAAGCCGCAAGGUGACUUUGAUAGCAGCCCGUUGGCUUCUGCUUCGGAAGACCCAGCAAUCUCGAAUCCCCCCAACGGAACUCUACUCAACCAGAUGCCCCUUUCGUCCUCUCUACCCUCCCCACCGUCGCCUCUGCCGUUCGACCUUGGUCUCGCCAACGGGGUUGACUCCGCCAACUCGUCAUCCUCUACUCUCUUGAACUGUCCUCCCUCAUCGUCUCAGCUCAGUCCUUUCAGCUUAGACGCAUCUUUAAGCAUGACAGGGCUUCACACUCCGAAUGAAUUCAGCUUCCCGCCAUAUGCUGACCCUCCAGGCUCCCAACAAUAUCCACACUGCCCACACUUCUAUGUAGCGACAGAGGCCUCCCUACCUCAUAUAAUGCAAACAUUGGGUAGCACAACCUCGCAUCCCAAGGCCAUCAUCUUAAUACCGCAUGGACAUGGAUAUUCCCCAGCAUCAUUCACAGGAGCAAACACGGCAGAGUCCACAGGCCGCGGAACCACGUUGAACGGAAAUUUAAAUUUGCAAAAUCCAGGAUGCCACUGCCUAAGGCACGACCGCAGUUCCAAAUCCUCUGAUCUAGGAACAUCCGGAGAAUGGAUGAACACGCCGUCUUCGACUCCGUUCUGUCCGCUGCAUCCUUCGCAGUCGUCAUCGUUGGACAGUUUUCAGUCCAUGAUGCUUUGAGUCAUAUAUAUUUUGAACUCUGCUUCUAUCCUUCUUAUGUGUCUAUGUUUAUGUGAUGCUAUUUGUGAAAACCUGGUCGGAUGAGGUAUAUAGUAUAGACCACACAUGGUGUGAACAAGGCCCCGGCCCCCUGAUGACUGGAUCGGAGUGCUUACUACUUUUCUUGUAUGAAUUUUGAAAAAAAUACUUUUUUUGAUUCUCUGGUUUUGCUUCUUCUCUACGGUUUAAGAGCAUACUCUGUAUUCUGUCUAUGCACAGAGCGAUUCCACAUUUGACACUCAAUUCAACUUCCAAUAGUUGCCAUUAUAUGCUAAGAGUUAUUUGGCUUACUGAGAAUAGAUAUAAGGAGAAGGUGCCAGUAGACCUUUGCAGAAACAGAGUCUAAGUACCUAAGGAAUGUGGAACAAUCUACCU